AUGACAACAACAACGACAACUAUGACUACAACAACAACAACCACAGCUACGACGACUAUGCCUUGCAUUUCAGUUGGUAUUAAUGGACUGAACAUUCCCAUAUGUGCUACAUGGAAUCAGACAGGAAUAACGGUAGCUGGUAAUCAGAACACGGCGGCUGGUUCCAAUUUGGCAUCGCUCGCCUAUCCAAUAGACAUAUUUGUUGAUAAUAAUUACACUUUGUUCGUCGCCGAUGGAAACAACAAUCGAAUUGUUAUGUACUAUGAGAAUGCUGCUAGUGGUAUUCUUGUUGCUGGUACAAGCACCGGAAGUGGUUCAAGUCAAUUAAAUCAACCGAAGGGUAUUUCCGUCGAUCAGACGGGUGCUGUGGUCGUUGGUGACACUUCAAAUUAUCGAAUUCAAAAAUUUCCCUACGGUUCAAUGGUAGCUACCACAGUAACCGCCAAUAGUGGAUCGAGUCCUUUGGGUAUAACAAGAGAUUUGCAUACUGAUUGUAAUGACGAUAUCUAUGUGACAGAUUCAGAUAACAAUCGAGUUGUCAUGUUUUAUCAGAGUAGUAGUAUCGGUGUGGUUGUAGCAGGCAACAAUGGAGCCGGCUCAGCAGCAAAUCAAUUCUCAACUCCAUAUGGAAGUUUCAUUGAUCAAAACGGAACAUUAUACGUGGCCGACUAUGGAAAUCAUCGUGUUCAGAUGUGGCCUGCUGGAGCUACGAGCGGAAUAACUGUAGCCGGUAUUACUGGAUCGUAUGGUUCGUCAUUGAUGCACUUGAAUUAUCCUGAUGCAGUCAUUGUCGACAACAAUGGGUAUAUUUAUAUAGCGGAUUCCGUAAACAACAGGAUAAUGAAGUGGACAACAAACUAUACGAUUGGUGGUGUCUGUGUUGUCGGUUGCACUACCAUAGCAGGAUCAAGUCCUACUCAUUUGAACAGUCCACGAGAUAUCAGAUUUGAUCCAAGCGGAAAUAUAUAUGUCAGUGAUCAAGGAAAUAACAGAAUACAGAAAUUUAUGAUUGAACUACCAGCAUCGAGCUGUCCCAUCAGUGGCUGA